AUGGCUACACCAAACAGCCUCAAAGAGAAGAUGAAACCCGUGGAGUGGGAGAUAAUGGGGCAAACGACAACUCUCUUGACACUAGUCUUGUCUAACCAAAACCUGAAACAGUUACCCGACGAACUUUUUGAAUUAAAUGAGUUGCAGGCUUUAGAAUUAGACAAAAACGAGAACAUUCAAUUAUCUGUCAAGCUCAUUAGACUGACCAAUCUGAAGUUGUUGAGUUUAGAUGACUGUAAUAUUGAAACAGUUCCCGCUGCCGUGAUGAAACUUACACAGUUAGAAAAACUGUACCUCGGUAACAACGAGACCAUCACCCUGCCGGAUGAGAUGUCUGGUCUCGUCAACCUCACUACCCUGGACUUAGAUAACUGUGGGUUGGAAUCACUACCACCUGUAGUGCUGAAGCUGUCACAUGUCCAUUCUCUGGAUCUGAGUCAUAAUGAGCAGAUCUCCCUACCAGAUGAGUUGUGUAGACUGGAGAAUAUAAAAGUGCUGAGACUACGUGGGUGUAACAUAAUGACUGUUCCAUCAGCAGUCCUGAAACUCACCCAGCUGGAGGAACUGGACAUCAGCGGGAACUACAGGAUCCACCUGCCGGAUGGGCUGUCCGGACUCACCAACAUCCGGGUACUGAAUCUGGAGGGAACAGGCAUGGGCAUAGUUUCUCUAGUACUAGGGAGACUGACACAGUUAGAAUGGCUGGACCUGAGCUUUAACCUACUACAGACGUUACCCCCGGAAGUCGGACAGCUCACUAACGUUAAACACUUGGAUCUGUCCCGCUGCCAGCUGCACAUACUCCCACCUGAAACGUUACCCCCGGAAGUCGGACAGCUCACUAACGUCAAACACUUGGAUCUGUCCCACUGCCAGCUGAGCACACUCCCACCUGAAGUGGGGAGAAUGACACAGUUAGAAUGGCUGAGCCUGACAUAUAACCAGUCACUACAGACGUUACCCGCGGAAGUUGGACAGCUCACUAACGUCAAACACUUGGAUCUGUCCUACUGCCAGCUGAACACUCUCCCACCUGAAGGACUGACACAGUUAGAAUGGACGGACCUGAGAUCUAACCCAAUACAGACUAUACUCGCGGAAGUUGGCCAGCUCAGUAACGUCAAACGCUUGCAUCUGUCCGACUGCCAGCUGCGCACACUCCCACCUGAAACGUUACCCCCGGAAGUCGGACAGCUCACUAACGUCAAACACUUGGAUCUGUCUUGGUGCCAGCUGCGCACACUCCCACCUGAAGUGGGGAGAAUGACAAAGUUAGAAUGGCUGAGCCUGACAUAUAACCAGUCACUACAGACGUUACCCGCGGAAGUUGGACAGCUAACUAACCUCAAACACUUGGAUCUGUCCGACUGCGAGCUGCGCACACUCCGACCUGAAGUGGGGAGACUGACACAGUUAGAAUGGCUGUACCUGAGCUCUAACCCGCUACAGACGUUACCCGCGGAAGUUGGACAGCUCACUAACGUCAAACGCUUGGUUCUAUCCGACUGCCAGCUGCACACACUCCCACCUGAAGUGGGGAGACUGACACAGUUAGAAUGGCUGAACCUGAGCUCUAACCCACUACAGACGUUACCCGCGGAAGUUGGACAGCUCAGUAACGUCAAACACUUGGAUUUGUCCUGGUGCGAGCUGCGCACACUCCCACCUGAAACGUUAACCGCGGAAGUUGGACAUCUCACUAACGUAAAACACUUGGUUCUGUCUAACUGCGAGCUGCGCACACUCCCACCUGAAGUGGGGAGACUGACACAGUUAGAGUGGCUGAACCUGACCUAUAACCCACUACAGACGUUACCCGCGGAAGUUGGACAGCUCAGUAACGUCAAACACUUGAAUCUGUUCAACUGCCAGCUGCGCACACUCCCACCUGAAGUGGGGAGACUGACACAGCUAGAAUGGCUGCGCCUGAGCUUUAACCCACUACAGACGUUACCCGCGGAAGUUGGACAGCUCACUAACGUCAAACACUUGGACCUGUCCUGGUGCGAGCUGCGCACACUCCCACCUGAAGUGGGGAGACUGACACAGUUAAAAUGGCUGGGCCUGAGCUCUAACCCACUACAGACGUUACCUGCGGAAGUUGGACAGCUCACUAACGUCAAACACUUGGACAUGUCCCACUGCCAGCUGCGCACACUGCCACCUGAAGUGGGGAGACUGACACAGUUAAAAUGGCUGGGCCUGACCUCUAACCAACUACAAACAUUACCCGCGGAGGUAGGACAGCUCAGCAGGCCAUAUCAUCUCGACGUCCUAUGUGACAUUGAUGUCGCAGGAAAUCCACUUAUAAAACCACCAGCUGAAGUAUGUCGUCAGGGGAUCACUGCGAUUAGGCAAUACUUUGACGAACUUGAACAUUCAGAGGAAAAGGUAAGCGCCCGUCUGAAAGUUGUUGUCUUGGGAGAGAAAAUGGCGGGAAAAACAAGUCUGGUACAAACGCUAGGCAAGGGUAAGUCUACCUUGACAGAAGAAGAGGACCGCACACACUGUGUAGAGAUAACUCAGUGGGCACCUGAUGACGACAUCAUGUUCGAAGUGUACGACUUUGGCGGCCAUGACGUUUAUCAUCUCACUCAUCAGUUCUUUUUGACACAAGGUGCCUUGAACCUGCUGACAGUAAAUCUCCAUACAUAUAACUGCACUCCACAGCGUUACACAGAAACCGUAGGGUUUUGGCUGGAUACACUGAAUGCUCGCGUACCAGGGGCGGUAGUUACAAUUGUGGGUAGUAAGUCGGACAGGCUCGAUGAUGAAGAAAGACAUGAGAAGACCAGAGAUAUCCAGGAGAGGUUCACACAGCAGCAGCGCACAUGGCAACAAAACAUACAAAAGCAACUAAUGAAGUUGGAAAAUGCUAAAGCGGCCGAAAGAGAGACCGAUCAGUGGGAAGUAUUGCAGCAGUUAGCACGUACCCGGCAGCUCCUGACGCGCCCGCUGCGGCUUACAGGUGUGUGCUGCGUCAGUUCGGCAGAACCAACAUCUGGUUUGGGCACACUAAGGACUCAUAUAGUAGAGUCAGCAAAUAACGCGGAACUGUUUCCAAUCCUUCGAAUAAUCCUUCCGCAGACAUGGGUGAAGUUUGAACAGGGCCUCCGCGACUUGCGUGGUGGAGGAACUCAGAGAGGUGGCAUAACGGAGUUGACGGGACUUGAUUCACUAGGUCUUGAUCAAGAUGACCAAUCACCAAAAGAUGUGGAACAGCGACUGCGUAAGCGAGUCGAAUGGAAACGAAGAGUACAAGGUACCAAGUGGUUGACACGAGAGGAAUGUUUGAUGGUAGAGGAUAGCUUGUUCUCCGAUGAGAAUAGACUGGAGCCAGUCCUGUCUUACCUGCAGCAGGUGGGAACCAUCCUCAGGUACACGGACAUACCGGAACUCAAGGAGCUGGUAUUUCAUGAUCCAUCAGGCUUGAUAGAAGUCAUCAAAGAACUAUUUCAUCACGACCUGAUGAAGGUCUUUACCAACAAAAAUCCACGUCUGGAAGGCUUCUCGAAUACAAAGCUGAAAAAUAUCCGGAAAAAACUGUCCAGAAAAGGCUUUCUGCCAAGAGAUGUGGUUAUCGCCCUGUUAGGACCACACGCCACACCGGUAGGAAACGUGGACGUGAUCACUAACCUGAUGGAACAUUUCGGCUUGUGCUACGCGGAACAAUCUGGUGAACAGGGGGGAGGAACUGAAACACCAACUGGAUACUUCAUUCCAUGGUACAUACAGGAGAAAAGGGCCGAAACCAUUAACCGGGAUGUUGCAAAGGAGAAAGGGACGGAAUUCAAUGUAACUUGUGAGAUUAUCCACUUCUGUCCACGGGGACUGUUUGAGCGAUUGAGUGUUGUUGUCAACAAACUGAUUACGUCUCGACAGGACUGGAAAGACACCAUUCUGGCUGUUAGAGAGAGUCUCCCCAUUAUUGUUUACCGCGAGACGAAAGACGGACGCGUUAAUAUCGUAGUGAAGCUCACUGUCCCAGCAGAAAUAGUUAAGGGAACGCAGGUUAUGUGGGACAUCAUCGGUCCACUGAAGGACAAAUUGUCUACACUUCUGUUGGAGUGGCCUGGUCUGCUGUACUGUCUGGUGUAUUCUGUAUUUAUGCAACAAGGUGAACAAAAAGGUGACCAACAGACGUUGACAAGCUCGUCCGUCAUCCCCACGUUUGAAGUAGGGCCAGAAGGCUGCCUAGUUCAUCACGGCGGCGUUACACUGGAGUUUCCUAAAGGAUGUGUGAACGAGACGCGUUUCAUCUCUGUCGAGGUUGAAACCGUGCCUGUUCACGAGAACAUCCGGACGAACUUCACGGCCAUGUCCGCCGUCCUGACUGUGGAGCAGGACUUCCCACAGCGGUUCCUCCGGCCGGUCACCGUAAGGCUGCCCUGGGUCUGGACACCACCCGAGGGAAGGAAGGAAACCACGACGGUGGUUCUACACUACAGCCGGGACGAAGGAUGGACUGUCUUCCAAACUGACUCUCACUAUGAUGAUGGCGGCGUCUUGUUUCAAACAGAUCACUUUCAAGGCUUUUGGGUGCUGGAGUUUCUGCAGAAGCCCGGCAAGGCCAUAGUUCGAUGGGCACAGCAGAAAUGGAAAGACUACAUCAAGGAUAAAGCCUACGUCAUCGUCACACCGGUGGUGACAGAAAGACUCGUGCACUUCAUUUGCAUGCACAAAUCCGACAACUUGCCUGACUUGUUUCAAUCGCCUGGCGUAAGGUUUGACUCUCAAACAAAACGGCGUGUCACCCUAAGACGGGAUCAGAGGGUCGAAGCUACUUUCUCCCAACAUGAAGAAGUUGCUGCUGACCCUCGCGACCUCCCAGAAGGCGAAGCCAUUGUUUUAUCUCCGGAUCCACCGACAACACGCUCGGUUAGGCUGCAGGUGAAGGAAUCUGUGCCGACGAAGGAUCUUUACGACGGAAAAGUCGAGUUUGAAGUCAGAGGAACAUCGAACCUAAACGGGGCUGCAGAGGGGAAACAGUUCGAAGCAUUUGUGCAACUGCAGCAGCGGCAACAAGUGUCGACAACGGACAUACUUGGUCGGGGAACUGAGCAUACAGACUUAGUCGAAGGGCACGAGAACACAGGUUUGAGGAAGCGCACUCCUUCACACCAACACCGUGAAGCCAGGCCAGAGCGAAUAGAACCAUUUCCACCCAGAACAGGGCGUCAUGUACCCGUUUCCCCAAUCUUCCUUGCCAUAGCGAUGAUUGCAGUAGUUGUUGCUGUUGUGUACCAGUUCUACUUCGCGAGCCACGUAACGAGCCUCUUCGAGCCAUCUGGCGGAGGAGAAGACGCACCGCGGAAUGACACCUCCAAACCACGGACGGACAGUUGGCUGUCAUGGUAG